GCUCGACAAUGGAGUCCCAAGAGACGCUCAUAAACCAAGUACCCCCGCAGAAGUACUACUUCUCCCUUAACAGUGUCAAGAAGACGACCCUAUUCCUCUCCACUACUACGCCGAAUGCACCCACGUAUACUGUCUCCACCGAUUUGAAGACAGACAAGCACACAGAGGUGAAGGAUGCUCAUGGUGAUGUUAUCGCCGUUUGGUCGCGCAAGGACCUCUUGCCGGACACGAUUGCCUGGCCUGGAAGGGAAGGAGGAAACAGCACGGCGGUGAAGAACUGGUUGAAGAAGGGUGACGGGGCAGACGGGAUCCCCGUCCACACACUGAACACUGCGGCCGGCCCUAUCGUCUUCCGUUCCUCGGCCAAACACCGCGUCGGCGCAUAUUUUCCCUCGAAACUCGCCUCCGCUGCUUCCACCGACGAAACGGAGGCCAUCGCGUACCUUGUGCCCAAGACCGAGGAGCAUAACCUUGCCCUCGUUCUCUCCGCGCCAGCUCAGGCAACGGAUGUCAGAGACGAGAUCAUGGUUGCUGUUCUCAUUCUGGAGCAUAAGCUUCGCAUGGCGGAUACGGCUAUCAGCGUCGGUGGGGGGAAAUUCGAGCAGAACAAGACGGUUGCAGGGUACUAUGUGUCGACGUAGGCGAUUGAUUCUUUAUCCCUAAGUUAUCGGACGCGAAAUGUUUUACUUGUACGUACUUUGAGUUCGACGAUGACUUGAUUGAUAGUUACCAGAAACUUAUUGAAGGGAUCAACUACAGCUAGCGAUAUCACCAAUACUGAGCACGUAUAACUUUGAAGCGAGAGUUGUUAAUCUUUGCUGUCGAAAUACGAGGCGUGGGGUGCGGAAGUGCGGGGAAGCGAGCCUCGAGGUGCGGGGAAGUGCGGGGCAAACGGGAUGAAUCCACUUUUCCACGGUUCGAACAUAGCCUGUGGAGGGGCAGCAACCGCCGUCCUACCACCGUUCAUCAUCGCGUGCCUGGGACCUAAGAGACUUGUUUAGGUUUCAAAGGUAGAGCGUGGGCUGCAUUGGUGGAGCUUAAGCUCUUCCUCCAAGGAGGACUUAUCACCGACCUGCUCCCUGCUCGAGCCCACCUGGGGAGACGUUGUAACUCUUAUUAGCAACGGCCAAGGCCCUCGCGUCGAUCCGCCACGCCUCUGCACCAGACAACAGCGCUGCACCUAGGGAACAUGGAGUCUCAAGAGACGCUCGUCAACCCCUCCCCGCCGGCGAGGUACCACUUCUCCUCCGACAGUGUCAAGAACACCCGUAUCUUCCCCUCCACCGGCUCACCCGCUUCGCCAACCUACACGAUCACCACGGAUAACAAGGCAGAGAAGCGCACCGAGGUGCGGAACGCGAGGGGUGAUGUAGUUGCAGUGUGGACGCGCAAGGACCUGCUGUCGGACACGAUCGCUCGGGCUGGGAGGUACGGAGGAAAGAGCACGCCGGUGAACAAGUGGUUGAAAAAGGUGGAUGGGGCUGAUGGACUCCCCGUACACACCCUUACCACACCCUUCGGUCCUAUCCUCUUUCACUCUUCCCUCAAACACCGCGUUGCAGCGUACCUGCCCUCUACAUUCGCGUCCACGUCAUCAAUUGGCGAGGCCGAGCCUAUAGCAUACCUCACGCCAAGGACUCAAGGCUGCAAUCCCGCCCUCGUCCUUUCUACACCAGCGCAGGCAGAGGACGUCAGGGACGAAAUCGUGCUCGCCAUGCUCGUCCUCGAGCACAAGCUCCGUACAUCCGAUAUGGCGGUUAGUGCGAUAGCGGGAAGUUCGAGCAAAUCAGGGCGGCUGCGGGACAUCAUGUCUCGGCGUAGCAAUGAUAUUCGGUUUUCAGUUGUCAGUGAUCAAGUUGACUGCUUUCUGUUCUGAACUUUGUUCUCGAUUAUGCUUUGGCGUAUACCCUCCGCGAGUGAGUUUUGCAGUGUAUCUAAUUUAUAGGCAUGUGUAUAAUACAUUCAAGGCGUGUACGUGUAGGUGAUGACAUAACAGGUUGCAUAUUUAUUCG